CGUUUCCGCUAUUUGAUUGGUCGGUUCAUGUGCCGUUGACGUCAUCUUAAACACACGAUCAUAACUAACAACGAGCAUUAAGGCUUAAACAAGCUCGCGGUAAACUUGACAGACGAUUCUCAUCGAUAAACAACUAGAUGAGACUAAACUGAUUCUACUGAAUUACUUUUACUACUACUACACAUGUAAAUUGUAUUGACUGUACAAUUCAAACAUAUUACUGUCAUCUCUAGAGGAUAUAUGUAUACAUAUGAAUAUUUAAAUGCAUUACUACAUAUAUUCUCCUGUCUGUCUGAAUGAAUGUACAUAUAAUAUAUACAACAAACUUACAUGCUCUUUGGUGUAUAUUUAUAAAGAAAACAGUGCGACGGGAUAAUAUUUACCUAUCUCAACUGAACCGUGGACACAGAUCGGAUAUUAUAACAGCUCUAUCAUUUGAUACUGAGUGACACAGAUAAGUCUUAUAUCUUGUUAUUUAUACACUUUUACACAACCAACUUAUUUUACAACUCUGUAAAACUUUAUAAACUUUUUAUUUUCUGAUUAUAAACAAAAUGGCAACAGAAGCACAGAAACUUAUUGCUCUUUCUCUCGGCAAAAUUGCCGCCUCCCGUAAUCAACGUGGUGGUAUUAAUCUUCACAAAAAUCUGCUCGUGGCUAGUGUUUUACAUAGAGCCAGGUCUGUGUAUAUGUUGGAAAACUACCAAUCCUUUAUCAUGAACAAAAAUCGUCAAAUGGAACCCCAUGUAAACACACCCCCUGUUCACAACACUAAAGAACAAUUACAACAUUCCAAUGUUGCACCUAACCACGACUUAAAUGGUUCUCUCACAACAACAACAGCAACAGCAACAACAACCACUUCUAUGGGUGGACCCAGUUUGGAGAUGCCAUCUUCGUGUGCUAUGGAGCAGGAAUCUGCUGCCUGUAGUAUAUCUAACAACAGUCCAAUUGAUUUUGGAAACAAUGUUGAUUCGAAUACAGAUGACUGUAUGUUGUCUAGGAGUAAUAAAACAGAAGACAUUGAGGGAAAUGGGAAGAUACCCACUACUGUACUCGGUGUUGGUCAUGAAGUAGUACCCUCAUAUACAAACUCUGUUCCAACAGCCAGCAGUUCGUCGUUUUUGCCGGCGGGAACAAUAACAAAUGCUGUCGUCUCAUCUUGUACCAACAACAGUCGCAGUUAUAAUACUAGUCAUACGACUAAUAACCACAUGAUCUCCGGACCCUGUUCUACAGUUCGUCAUAAAAAUGUUGAUGCUUUUUCAACGCCCUCUGUGGACUAUUCAAUGGUCCAUAAUUCUUGUAUGAAUGAUGACAAGGAGAACACACCUCCGUCUCAAAACAUGGACUACGAUUUAGAAAGUUUAUGUAGCAGUGGCGCUAACAAUACUGGUGUUAACAUGGUGAACUCGUCAGUUAUUCAACCUCACCACAUGCAAUACCAUCACCAACCACCACAACAACAGCAGCAGCAGCAACAUCAUUCAUCACUACUACACCACCACAGUCACCAUCCGCAUCCUCAUCACCAUUAUCACCCUCCUCCUCAACCUCUGCAGAUGCAGGUCACAACGAGUAGUUGUUUCCUAUACCCUGGGACAGAUUCAACGGGUACUUAUACGAACAGUAACCACGCAACUGUAUCGGGUGACAACAACCAGCAACAAUCUUGUGCGUUUAGUAGCAACAAUAACAAUGUACUCGUGCUUGGCUCUCAGGGCCAGACGUUGUCUAAAUCUGCCAUCAAAAGAAAACGACCUUCUUACGAACUACCAGACUCUGGUCAAACAAUGAUGAUGCUAAAUGGCUGCAAUGGGAACAGAGGUAUGGCUGCUGGACAUAACAACCAGUUGGUCCCUUCGUUACCCACUUCUGUAAGUUCUACUUCACUUUCUUGCUCUUAUUCUUCCGCCUUCAGUCCUGCCUGUCCGAAAAGAAGUCGGCUAACCGACUGUCUAGUACUGGCGGACCACAAUAACAAAUAUGACACAUUAAACACAGAACACGAGAUGUCAUCUCAAUCACAACAGCAAAUUCAACAACAGUUUCAUCAACAACAUCAUCCCCACGUUAAUAACAGCCAUUCUCAUCAUCAAACACAUCACCAUCCUCAACAACAGCCAGUUGCAGAUAGCACAUCACAGAUUAGUAACCUUGUGUCAAUAUUUCAUUCGGGAUUUUCUGGACUUUGUUCAACUAUUACUACCCCCAUUACUAACGGCAACGGUAGUAGAGCGACGAUGGAAAAUGACCAUCAUCACAAUCAACAGCUCCAUCAUGACCACGAACACGACCACCACCAUCAUAAUCAUCAUCAACAGCAGCAGACCAAAGACAGUGGCGGUGGAUAUGAUAGUGGGGGCAGUUUCGUAAGGGCCGCCUCAACUAGCACAAGUACGACCAGCACCACCUCUAACAACAACAAUAACAAUAGUAAUAACGGCAGUUACUGUAGCAACAACAACCUGUCUCCUUCACAACAUUUUACUACGAACACUACUACUAGUACGACUACUGCUACCAGUACAAACUCUACAACUACUACCAACCAAGGCAACAACAACAGCCACGGAAUAACAACGAUUAGCAGCAGCACUCCUACCACUACAACAACAUCUACUACCACCACGACGACGUCGUCUACGACAAGUACAACAUGCAACAGCAACAGCAGCAGCAGCUGUAACUCGACGACGACAACAAACACAACCAAAGCAGCAGCGGCGUUGUCCAACAAUCGGGUGGAUAGCCUCUCCUCGUCAGCGGCAGCUUGCAGCACCCAGGUGAAAGACAAUAGAAUUGAAGCUAGCCUGAGGACGGUCAUUGCUUUGACAGUAUGAUUUCUUAUGUUGAAGUAGUGGUAAAUAUGACAUUUUUGGAAUGAAAACUGAUCAUGAUAUAUAAUUAAUUAAUGUGUUAAAAAGAAUGAGAGCGAAAUGAGUGAGUGUUAUAUUUUGUUCGUUUUUUUUU